UCUGUCUUCCUGUACUGGCCUCUACAGGGCCUGCUCUGUUUUCAGAGACAUCAAAUAUGGCAGGAUUCACGUAAGCAACCUCCUCCUGGCCCUGCACAUGCUGGGCAUCCUGGUCACGAGCGAGGAGAUGCACUGUAUUCUUCACCUCGUCAGUGUGGACGGACAUGGAAGUCUGAACUUCUGUCAAUUCUUGGAAGCUGUGAACACAUCCUCUCCUUUUGCAGAAACAGACGCUUUCCAGAAUACUCUGCAAGCUUUCAGGAAGAUGAAGAAGGGGACAGUGACGGUUGAAGAACUGGAGCCAAUCUUGCACUACCUGGGAAUCACUCUGAGCUCGGAAAUUUUGCAGCAAACUCUGGGACGCACAAAAGUGAACAAGAACGGCAAGUUCGACAUUUCAGAUUUUCUGUUGGCUGCAAAAGAAUUGCAGAGAAGCCUCGAUGAUGAAGAAGAAGCGCUCCUGUAUGAAUAUGCCACUUCCAAAAGAAGCCCUUUUCAAGAUGUGUCUGACCUCGUUGAUGCUGAAUACAGACGCAGGAGAAAAUACUGGGACUGCUUUGACGAGGAGAUGCCCGUCCAUACCUGCCUCCUUCCCCUCUUGAUGUGCCAAGAGUCAGAUGAAGAUGUUGCUCUUGGCAAACAGCAGAGUAAGACCUCCAACAUGGAUGUCAGACGGUCCAGUACUGCAUCCACCAAGGAGGAAGUGAAAGAAGGUGACGCCAUGGAGGUGACGAGUUCCAGCCCUGCAUCCCUUGCAAAUAAUGCAAAGGAGGGGAAUAAAGACAGCGAUGCCGUGGAGCAGGGGAAAUCCCAGGCACAACCACCAACUCCAAACACUGGGGAUCCAGUCCCAUCCUAGUGAAUUGACUGACAGAAUUUGGGUUUCCUGUUUGGGUUUUUACAAAAAUAGAACUGCUGUUAAACCUC